CCCUAGUUUACCUCACACGUUGAAUGAGGGAGACGUCUGGAAGUUCUUGCUUCAACAGUGAUUGAACGGAACUUCUUUCGUCCUUUUUUCGACUUCAGAGCAGUUCCAUACUACUUAAACUACCAUAUACCUCGAAGAAAAUCUCUAUUUUUCUACUUUUUUGUAAGAAAAGACCGAAUACGCCAGCUAACAUGGAGUCUCAAGUGCGUCAGAACUACCACCGCGAAUGCGAGGCCGCCAUUAACCGAAUGGUGAAUAUGGAGCUUUUCGCUUCAUACACUUACACUUCAAUGGCCUAUUACUUCUCACGAGAUGAUGUAGCCCUACCAGGCUUUGCCCAUUUCUUCAAGGAGAACAGUGAGGAAGAGAGGGAGCAUGCAGAGAAGCUGCUGUCCUUUCAGAACAAAAGGGGUGGCCGCAUCUUCCUCCAGGAUAUCAAGAAACCAGAGCGUGAUGAGUGGGGCAGCGGUCUUGAGGCCAUGCAGGGUGCCCUACAAUUGGAGAAAAAUGUCAACCAGGCUCUUUUGGAACUGCACAAGCUGGCCUCUGAUCACGUGGACCCCCAUCUGUGUGACUUCCUGGAAAGCCACUACUUGAACGAGCAGGUGGAGGCCAUCAAAAAAUUGGGUGACUACAUCAGCAACCUGAGCCGCAUGGAUGCCCAAAACAACAAGAUGGCCGAGUACCUGUUCGACAAGCACUCUCUGGGUGGCAAGAGCUAAAUGCAAAUGGUCCAUCUUAUUUUGAGAGGUCCCUGCCAUCUUAAUCAAAAUGGCCCCUGGCAUUCUUUCUCUGCUAAAGUCUUAUCUGGUUAACAUCGUAUACCAUGUGUUGCGGUUGACUUAAAAUACUGAAAAUUGAAUUGCUACCAAUGCAUAAAUGUGGCUGUUUGAAACACUGAAUAAACAUUUUGAGCUGGA